AUGCUGCCACAAAUACCCUUCCUGCUGCUAAUGUUCUUGACCCUGGUUCAUGGAAUGUUUUAUGCUGAACGAUACCAAACGCCCACAGGCAUAAAGGGCCCACUUGCCAGCCCCAAGACACAAUACUUCAUCCCAUAUGCCAUAAAGAGAAAAGGGAUUCCAGUAAGAGGAGAACAAGGCAUUCCUGGUCCACCAGGUCCAACCGGACCUCGAGGACACCCAGGUCCCUCAGGACCUCCAGGCAAGCCGGGCUAUGGAAGUCCUGGACUCCAAGGAGAGCCAGGGUUGCCAGGACCACCAGGAAUAUCAGCCACGGGGAAGCCAGGCCUGCCAGGCCUGCCAGGCAAACCAGGGGAGAGAGGACCAUAUGGACACAAAGGAGAUACUGGUCCAGCUGGCUUACCAGGACCUCGGGGCCCUCCAGGACCCCCUGGAAUCCCUGGCCCAGCUGGAAUUUCUGUGCCAGGAAAACCUGGACAGCAGGGACUUACAGGUGCCCCAGGACCUAGGGGCUUUCCUGGAGAAAAGGGUGCACCAGGAGCCCCUGGUGUGAAUGGGCGGAAAGGGGAAACAGGAUAUGGCUCUCCUGGUCGUCCAGGUGAGAGAGGUCUUCCAGGCCCUCAAGGCCCCAUAGGACCCCCUGGUCCCCCUGGAGUGGGAAGAAGAGGUGAAAACGGCUUUCCAGGACAGCCGGGCAUCAAAGGUGACCGGGGUUUCCCAGGAGAAACGGGACCAUCUGGUCCACCAGGUCCCCAAGGUCCUCCUGGGAAGCAAGGACGAGAAGGUAUUGGGAAGCCAGGAGCUAUUGGCCCCCCUGGUCAGCCAGGUAUCCCAGGAGAAAAAGGCCACCCAGGGGCUCCAGGAAUAGCUGGGCCUCCAGGAGCUCCUGGCUUUGGAAAACAAGGCUUGCCAGGUUUGAAGGGACAAAGGGGACCUGCUGGUCUUCCUGGGGCUCCAGGUGCCAAAGGGGAACAAGGGCCAGCAGGUCAUCCUGGAGAACCGGGUCUGCCUGGAUCCCCUGGGAAUAUGGGACCCCAAGGACCUAAAGGAAUCCCAGGGAACCAUGGUAUUCCAGGCACUAAAGGUGAGACAGGUCUGGUUGGGCCUGCAGGCCCCCCUGGGGCUAGAGGAGCAAGGGGUCCACCUGGGUUAGAUGGAAAAACGGGGUAUCCUGGGGAGCCAGGUCUCAAUGGUCCUAAGGGUAACCCAGGGUUACCAGGACAAAAAGGUGAUCCCGGAGUGGGAGGAGCCCCUGGUCUUCGAGGUCCUGUUGGCCCUGUAGGAGCUAAAGGGGUGCCUGGACACAAUGGCGAGGCAGGUCCAAGAGGUGAACCUGGAAUACCAGGUACCAGGGGCCCCACUGGGCCACCAGGUGUCCCAGGAUUCCCUGGAUCUAAGGGUGACCCUGGAAACCCAGGUGCUCCAGGCCCAGCUGGCAUAGCAACUAAGGGCCUCAAUGGGCCCACUGGUCCUCCAGGCCUUCCUGGUCCAAGAGGCCACAGUGGAGAACCUGGUCUCCCAGGUCCCCCGGGUCCUCCAGGACCCCCCGGCCAAGCAGUCAUGCCUGAUGGCUUCAUAAAGGCAGGCCAGAGGCCCAGGCUUUCUGGGACACCACUUGUCAGUGCUAACCAUGGGGUAACAGGCAUGCCUGUGUCUGCUUUUACUGUCAUUCUCUCUAAAGCUUACCCAGCAGUAGGUGCCCCCAUCCCAUUUGAUGAGAUUCUGUACAACAGGCAGCAUCAUUAUGACCCAAGAUCUGGAAUCUUUACCUGUAAGAUCCCAGGCAUAUACUAUUUCUCCUACCACGUGCAUGUGAAAGGGACUCAUGUUUGGGUAGGCCUGUUUAAGAACGGCACGCCUAUGAUGUACACGUAUGAUGAGUACAGCAAAGGCUACCUGGAUCAGGCUUCAGGGAGUGCAAUUAUGGAGCUCACAGAAAAUGACCAGGUAUGGCUCCAGUUGCCCAAUGCAGAAUCAAACGGACUCUACUCCUCUGAGUACGUCCACUCGUCCUUCUCAGGAGUCCUAGUGGCUCCCAUGUGAGCAGUUCCUGUCAAGCUCAUCCUAUUCCGCUUAGAAAGGCUUUCCACCCAAUUCCAUCGCGCCAUCCCUGGAGAUGCAUUUGGAGGUAGGCUAAAAGUAAUGUGAACAACUUAAACUUUCUAAAGUGCACUCUGGGACCAAGUUUCCUCACUUCUAAAGUGAGUGGCAACAGUGGGUAUGUGAGGAUCCUCCCGGACACUCAGCAAUCCUAAAGCCCUGGGGGGGUUUCUGUCAUUCCAUCAAUAUUUACAUUUUUUUUUAACAGAAGCUUUAAAAAAAAAAAAGCCUCAAAAAAACAGAAAUAAGACUCUAACUCACCGUAAAUCUCAUUUCAAAAACUCAACAUUCUCUUUUCAAAAAAGUCCUUUUUUUAAUAAUAUGAAAACAUCUAGGAAACAUGCAGGAAUUAUCAUGUAACUUUAUAUUCUUUAAAUACUUGAAUAUUCAAAUUUAAAUGACACUGUAUACCCUAGGAUAUUUCUGAUGGUGCAUCACUUGAUGGCUCAUACAACCCCUUUCAUCAAGAUAAAUUCAAAUGCACAGGUACACACAUAGUUUUUGAAGUGCACAUAAGAAACCAAAAUACUGUAUUAAAAUUAAUUUCAAGUACAAGGUGCUUUGUCACAGCUGUUUCAAGCUUUUCUGCAAUUGCAGAAAGUCCACAUACCUGGUGUAACUUGGAAACAAGUGUCUGACUUAUGUCAGUAACAGUGUGAUUACUCUGAUUUAAUUCCUUGCAUCUUUGUAAAAUGAUUUUAUGGGCUUAUAUAACAUUAGCAUAGACACUUUGUGUGCCUUUCAAUCGAUUGGAAGUAUAGACAUUAAGGGUUUCAACAUCAGACUAGAAACGAAAAGACAUUAUUUAUUUAUGCUCUGUACUGUAUUUUUACAUUAUUGUUUAAAACUGGUAGGCUGUACCUCACUUAUUAAAGCCCAGAGUAUUUAAUCUACUUGUUAUUACGAAGCAAUAAAAUGACAUGAAUAGA